AUGGUGAAGGAAGAAUGGAGAGGGUUGGGAGAUGCUCAGUUUCUGGAUAAGCUAAAGGCGUUAUCAAAACCGCUGGGUAGAUGGCACAAGAAGCACUUUGGGAAUAUAUCUGAAAAGAUAAAAAGGUUUGAGGAUGAGAUCAAGAAAGUGGAUGACAUGGUUAGUAAUGGGGUUUAUGAUGUCAACCGGUUAGAGAUAGAGGAAGCUCAAGCGUUAGAGAUGUUACCGUCGGAGGAGGAAGUGAAGGUUGCAGUGUGGGAUUGCAAAUCAUUUAAGGCGCCGGGUAGUGAUGGCAAGGCUACCAGUAGAUUCCAUAUUACUUGGGUAGCGCUAGCACCGAAAUUUGUGGGCGCAAAGGAGAUAAAGGACCUUAGACCAAUCAGUAAGGUUGGAUGCAUCUAUAAGAUGAUAUCAAAAGUGUUGACAAGGAGAAUGAGAAGCGUAAUGCCAGGCUUAGUAGGGGAAUCACAGAGUGCUUUUGUUAAGGGCAGGAGAAUACACGAUGGGGUGUUAAUAGCAUGUGAAACUGUACAAUGGCUUAAACUGAAAAGAAAGGCAUCAGCAAUCAUCAAACUGGAUUUCCAAAAAGCCUAUGACAGAGUCAAGUAG